AUGUCGCUCGUCACGGCUAGUCCGCACUUGCAAGAGGCGCUCGCUUCGAUACAUCAAGCUUCUGCCGAAUUCACCAAUCCUGAUCCGCAGCUCAGAGCCAAAGGCGAGGCCACCUUUCUCGCCCUCCGACAGUCCGAAGGCGCUCUCGACUAUGCCGCUUUUGCUCUGGAACAUUCCCACGAUCCACUCGUGCUCUUCCAGUCAUUCAACGCUGUGCUGUUCGUUCUGCCUUCAUUAGCAGCUCAGCAGCCGAGCCAGGGUGUCGCUUCCCUCUCCCUUUUGCGGGACUUCCUUCUGCACUUCUGCGUCUCACGGAGCGAGCAGUCCAGCCGAUCAGCCGACGCAGCCGCUUCUUGGCCUCAGUACCUUCGCUCGCGUGCCUAUCAGACAGCGAUAGCAGUCGAAAAGCGUCUCCUCGGCCUCGAGCUGGCUCAGCAUGUCGGGCAGCCCUCCGGCGCCAACUCGGGUCUCGACACUGUCAUUCAAGCCCACGUCGGCCUCCUCAAUACUCAGCUUUCCAGUCUGCUAUCGCUUCCAUCGCCAUGGCCUGUCGAUGCGGCUGAGUCGGCCACCGCGCUAGCCCGCAUCGUGACGGGUCUCGGUCUCGUGCGUGCCGUGGUCGAUGAGUUCAUUUUGACUAGCGCCAACGACGUCUUCGAUUCCUGCUCUUCAGAUCGAGGUCGAUCUCAGUCUGCUCAGUCCACAUCCAAGCCUGUUGUCCCUGGAUCCGCAGUCGGUCUCAAUCUUCUUCAGCAUCGCCAGUGCAAAGCGCUCAUCCAGAAUCACGUCCUUGCUGGUCUCAUGACAGCCGUCUUCCAACUGCUCUACAACACCAUCUCGGACGACAACGCUUCUUCGAGUGCCGACUCGUGGCGCCACACCCUUUUCUUCCAGGCCGUCUCGGCCACCGAAAAGCUCUUGGGAUGGACGUUCACCCGUUUCGACCCGUUCAGCUCCAACGCGUGGCAACAGCAGUCGCGAUCACAAAACGAGGACUCCGUCCUGGCCACAGGUGUCGAUGAAGACGACGAGCCAAGCGCGGCUUCAACAUCCUCGAGCGGCAAGAAGACGCUCUCUCCGCAGCAUGUGCCUGAUGCAUUCAUACCGGUCCUGCUGUCAGAUGAUGUCGUCUCGCUCCUCAGCACAGCAUAUCGAUUCGGCUUGCGGCUGCAAGCCACAGCUUCGGCUAGCCGAGACAUCUCGUUCUCGGUGCAUCGUCUUCGACAGUGCAUCUUGUCAACCUGCAGCUUCACUCCGCAGGCACAGAAGCCGCAGCAUGUACCUGUGCUGGUAUCGCGAACAAAGCAUCUUUGCGCAACGCUUCAGUCCUUAGUGGACGAAGAAUGCGCUUCCUCCUCCAGCAUUCUUUCGGCUCGCGGAAAUUCGAUGCUCUUCCUCGCUCAGGCAUUCCAGAUCAUCGUUUCGGUCGUGCCAUUGCAAAUCCUGGCAUCAUCCCUUCAGUCCGGUGACCACAGCGCUCAGGGAAGCUUUGCAUUCAUCUCGUCCCUUUCUUCGCUCGGCAAGCACAUCUUCGGUCUUGCUUUUCAUCGACCCAAGGACACGGAUGAAGAAGACGAUCUCGCCGUCCUCACCGAGGACACCGUCGACGUCCUCCUGGCUUGCUGGCAAGCUCUCGUCUCUUCCCUCCGACAGCAGGAUACCGCUCAUACCCAAGAUACCCAUAUCCGGGUCUUUGCCCAAACGAUCCACGGCAGCAUUCGCGACCAGGUGUUUGCACCCUACGUCACGGGCCGACUCGAAGCAGCAUCCAUCGUCAGCGGCGAAGACGACAUGUCCGAGGUCGAAGAGGUAGCCGCCAAGGACAGGGACACCUACUCGGAUCAACUCAUCACCAUCGCCAACCUCGCACGCACCUCGGCCGCCGACAACCUCCGUGCGCUGGCACAGCUCGCUCAGCCUCUGUGUGACAAGCUUACCGCCAAAUCGCAGCGCCAGGCCAGCUUCACCGAUGUCGAGAUGGGUCAGACAUGGGAGCAGAUUCACUGGCUCAUCUUGAUAGCUGGACAUGUGCUCGCUGACGAUGCACAGGGCGAGACGCCCGAAAUACCCAGCGAGAUUGCGUCCAGCGGCGAACCAGAGGAUCCGGCAGUGGCACUCAUCAUGCAACUCGGUAUGCAGCUUCUUCAGCACCUGUCCGCCUUUGGCCCUGCCUCGGUAGAAGCCACCAGUCCGCAGGUCACCGAGACGCUCCUGUGGUUUACGGGCCGCUGGACGUCCUCGUACCUUCUCAUUGACGAGCGAUCCGGUUUCGCCACCAACGCCGCCAUCCAGCGCGCCUUUGGCGACCAAGCCGGUCGACAGGUCCUCACGUUCCUCCUGCAGCGCCUCUCUGAGAACCUCCAGCUGUGGAUGUCCGACUCGGACGUGCUCCAGCAGCUCGCCCAGGUCCUCUCGGCAUUCACCCGCUCGAGCGGCAUCAUGAUCCAUCUCCUCCAGCUGCCCCAAAUGGAGCAGCUCGUGUCCGGCAUCGUGUCUGGUCUCGACCAUCUGCCCGCCAACACGCACGGCGCGCUCAUUGCCUCGGUCGUCAGCUGCAUCUACUCUGGCGCCACCCACUCCGACGCUCCCACCGAACGAUCCGCCGAGUUCUACUUCAAACAGAUUACCGCCUCGAUCGAAACGCGGUUCGGGACCCUACUCUCGCGCGCCGACUUUUCCUCGAUCUCGCAGCGCUCCGAUGUGAUCUCGGCGGUGCAGACGUCGCUCGACAUGCUCGAAGGGCUAGCUACAUCCAUUCAGCCCAACUCGGCCGAGAUCGUGUACAACUUCAUCGCCAAGUUUUUCCCUGCCUUUUCGCAGCUGGUCUCGGUGUACGAUACGCGACCGGAGAUGGGCGUGUCGGUUCUGCGUGUGCUGCACACGCUCGCACUGUCGUUGGAGCUCGACUUUGGCGCGGAACCGUUCGUCGUCAUGGGUCUCAACACGGCUGUUUGGUCGCUGAUGGAGGCCUUGCAGGGGUUAGGGAAGAAGAAGACGCAUCUGCUGCUUGUGUCGGAAUCGGGCUCGCCGUUGGACGACGACGUGCCGUACGAAGGGCUAUGUUUGCUCGUGGAGCUGCUGGUGGAGCUCUCCGGGUCUGCACGGGCAGGCGUCGACGAUGGCGGAUCGGAUCAGGAGCCGACGCUGCAACCUUCCAAAUCGUCCGACGUGUGCUUGGUGGGGUUCGAACACGUACUCUCGCUGCUGAGCGCUGAACCGCUCAACGUGCCGAGGUUGAGGAAAGGCGUGGGGCGACUCACCUCAUCCGUCUUCGCGCUGUUCAGCGGUCGCCUCAUCCUUCUCUCCAGCACCAACCCGGCCUUGCUCAACAAAGCAGUAGAAGCGCUAUCGUUGUGCAUCCGAAUGGACGACAACGAGACCGCGCAGCUGGGGCUCGAGUCCAUUGUCGCACUGUGCAAGGUGGUCACCCAUCACUUUACACCACCGCCGCCACAGCUGGUGGGGGCGCUCCAUGGGGUGCUGGCAGCAGUGCUGCGACUCGUCUUGGCGGAACCGCUGGACAGUAGCCUGUUCUGGACAUGCCUCUUCGCCCUGUCGAGCCUGAUCAAAGUGUCGCGUGGAACGGAGCUGGGUCAGGCGCUCAGCAAGGCAGGCGAGGGCGUGGAGAACAGGCAAGCUUUCGACCAAGCAGCGAGGGAGCUCGUCGAGUCCGCGCUGAGCGACAGAGGUCAGAACGACGCCGACUGGAUUCACGAUAGCAAAAUCAAGCUGCCCCGAUGGAGAGGUCUGAUUCGUAUCCGGUAG